AUGACUGAAGAAGAGGAGAUUGGACAGCAGCAAUACAUGAUUGUUUAUAAAGAUGAACAAGUUCCAAUUGAAGAUCCUCUUCUUUUAUCACAAGCUUCUCCUUAUUUUAAAACUUUAUAUCAAAAUAAUCCUCUCAAGCUUGUUAUAGAUGAUUCUAGUUAUUCAAAUCACGUGUUUCACUUACUGUUAGAUGCAUGCAAUAACAAACUCACCCACUUUUACCUUGAUUAUAUUUUUGAUUUGUAUCACAUGGCAAAAGAUUGGAUGGUACAAUCAUUAGUAUCACGGUGCGAAGCAUAUAUCAAAGCUCAAAAUCUCCAAGAAUUAUCAAAAGAAAUCGUUGUUGAAAAUUUACAAAAAAUAAAUCCGCGAAAAACUACAGAAGCAGAUAAAACUGCUAUUAAAAAUGCAUGUGCAAACUAUGAGAAACUCCUUACAGAUCCAAGUCAUCUAAUUUAUUUAGUAAAUCCGAAUAUUAUUAUUCAAAUUGUUAGAAUGGCCGAAAAUACAGAUUACAAUCAAGAACUAUUUGCUAUAAUGGUAUCUCAGCUCUACAAUACAGACAAAGACAAAGCUUUAUUUUUAUUUAAGAAUUAUCAGUGGAAUUUACUAUCGAAAGAACAGUACAAAGGGUAUUUUUCAAUGUUUGAAACACCACCAAAAGAAACGGAGAAAGAAAAACCUAAGCAUAAAGUAAAGAUUCAACAUACAGAACAAAUUGCCGUCCAAACUGAACAAACGGCACUAACAUCACGAUCUAAAUCCAGAGAAACACGUAAUACAACUAAAGCGAAAGUCCUUCAAGCCCUCAAUAUCUCUCAAAAACAUAAAUUAGUUCCUCCUCUUUCAAAAACAAAGAAAAUCGAAGUUUUUAAUCGACCAAUCCACAGAAGAGCGCAAUCAUCAAUGCCAAUACCAUCACCCACAGCCACAUCUUCACUCAAAGCUCAGCCAUUUCUUAAUCCAAACGAUGUUGACUACAGAAGAAAAUUAGUGAACAGAUUAAAUGAUGAAAAAUUCUUCGACCAAAUGAUGGACAGAUGUAACGUAAUGACAUUUGAUAAAGCAUUCGAACCACUAGCGAAAGGAUACUUUGAAGCAUCAAAAAGUAUCGUAUGGAUCUAUGAUUUCAAAGAAAAAUUUUAUUAUUCGAGAACUUUGGAUUCAAAAAUUUCACAAAAUGUUUCAAUUUUUGAAUUGGUUUCUUCUCAAAAAACAGUGUUGAGAUUACCGGAUAUCAGUGAUGAAGAACAAGCUAAUCAGAUACAGGCGAAUACAACAGACCAUCAAUUGUUUAUUCCUUUGUUUAUAAACAAUGGAAUGACAAUCGCAAUUUUACAAAUUACAAGAGAAAAAGAAAUGUCACCUUUUUCAAUUUCUGAUGAAGAAAAAGCUUCAUUUUUUAUGCGGAAAUUUGAGAUUUACGGUGGUUCUUUCUUUGGUCCUCCCAUGAGAUUGAUGAUGGCAUCAAGCAUUGCACAGAUUUCUUCACCUUCAAAAACAGUUGACAACAUAAUUGAAACAAUUCAAAAAGUGAUAAAAGCAAAAACAAUUGAGUUCUGGUAUUACGAUAAUAGGAGUGAUGAAUAUGCAAAGUUCAUGCCAGAAUACUCCAAUUUCACACUUUUAUAUCGUUGUUCAAUUGGAAUUGUCGCGAAUUGUUUGAAAAGAUGCCAAGAUGUGAAUUUACCUCGAUGUGGAACUCACGCGAAUUUUAGUGAACGAGCUGAUGGAGAUCCUUCAACUCCUAUAUUAGUAACUACUAUACAAUUCGAUGGAAAAACAUGGGCAAUGGUUAUGAGAGAAAGAAUGGAUUAUGAUUUCUUUACAUCCCAUGAUUUACAACUUUGUUCUUCUUUGAUGCCUUUUAUCCUAAGAUCUAUUGCUUUUUCAACUGGUUUCUCGCAAGCUCCUACGACAUCUAAUGAUAAUAAUGAUGUAAUAAUAACAAGAUUACUUGAUGCUUCCUCUGAUAUUGCUUCUACUCUUGAUUUAAGAGAUUUAAUCAAAAGAAUUGAAGAAAAUAUCACUUCACUUUUGAACUGUCAAACCGCCAGAUUAUUAUUAAGUGAUACGCAAAAGAAUGAAUUCCAUAGUGAUUUUGGAAAUGAUAUAUCUGAAUUCAAAGCAUUCCAAAUCACUGAUGGAUUGGCUUCUUAUGUUUAUUCAAGUAAAAUGACAGUUCUCGUUGAAGAUCCAAGCAAAAACGAAUAUUAUGAUAAAAAUAUUGAUGCAGGGGAUGUAGAAAAAGUUAAUAAUAUCUUAGGAUUUCCUAUUUCAGGACAAGGAGGAAUUGUUUUAGCUGUUGUUUUAUGUCUGAACAAAAACAAAAAUUGUUUUAAUGAUAAUGAUGUAACAACAGCACAAUCGUUCUCAAAUAUCUGUGGUGUUGCUUUGCAAAACGCUAUUGUACAUCAUAGAUCUAUUUCCAUCACAUCAAUGCUCUCCGAAAUGGAUGAAGACAUCAAUUUUGAUUCAAAUGAUCUGAAGAUUUCGGAUGUUCAAAAACUUCUUGAUUCGAUUUCAAACAAAGCUUUGAAAUUUACUUGUUUGGCAAGUAGUUGUUUGUAUCUGGCAAUUCCUUCUGUUAAUGGCAUUGACGUUUCCCUUUUCAAAGAAAAUGGAAAUGAUGGAAACCAAUAUUACGAAUUUGCAAAAGAAAGUUUGACAAAAACUGAAUAUUCCGUGAAAAUUAUUGAAGCUGUUAUUCCUGAAAGUCCUGAUAAAGAACAUGAUUCAGAGCCAAAAACAUCUUCUCGUUCUUAUCUGAGUUCAAACAGAUCUUCUGGGAACCAAAAAGAUGUUAUUAAACCAUUGAAAACUGUUGUUGUCGGGUCACCAAUUUUGGAUGAAGAAAAACCUGUCGGAAUCUUUAUUUUCACGGCAAUGAGUGCUGCAACACCUGAAGAGAUUCAAAUGAUCAAAACGUUUUUGUCAAUUUCUUUGUCAAAAUUUGGACCAUCACAAAUUAAAUCAUUGUCAAAGAUGUGGGACAAAAAGAUGCAUUUAAGGAGAUACAUCAAAGAUGAUGACAAUUCUCCUUCUGUCCCACAAUCACUCCUUAUUUCCGUGAAAGAGAUUGACUACGCUGCAACAGAUACAAUUGAUGACGCUUUCAAAAUUGUUGUCAGCGGUUUUUAUCAUCUUGGAUUAAUUUCUUCUUAUACUAUUUCUGUUUCAAAAAUAUUGAUGCUUGUUUUGGAGAUAUCCACUAGAUAUCCUGAAGGAUUUAGAUCGUUUGCUCAUACAUUAGAUACAUUUAAAUAUCUAGUUCGCGCAUUGAAAUUCGAAGAAUUGAUGUCUACUCCGAAAAACAAAUGUUUGAGUAUGUUGUUGGCAAGUUUAUGUUGUGAACUUGAUCGGCCAAACUUCGAAGAACUCGGUGAAGUUGCAUUGGAAGCAAUAGCAGAAUGCAAUGGAAUAUGUGUUGAUAGUGGAUGUAACUCAUUAACUGAGAUAAUAAGAGUUGAAGAAUGUAAUAUUUUGGAAAAUAUAAAAGAAGAUGAACAACGAAAUAUUUGGAAAGAUACAUUUAGAUUUGCACAUGCAACUGAUCUUUCCAGACAUUUCGAAAUCAUGGAUACAUUACAGCAAUGCCUUGAAGAAGAAGAUGGUUUCGAUUCAUCAAAGGAAACUCAUCUAAAUGCAAUGCUAGAUGCUGUUAUGAAAUGUGCUGAUCUUCAUGACGUAAUUCUUCCUUUGAAUGAACUUGAAGAGAAAAGAUAUGAAUUUUCACGUGAUUUCUUUAUGUUCGGAGAAAUCUUGAGAUGCAAAGGAAUGUUCUUCGAUGGAGAAGCAUCCAGAACUACCAUCAAUCAAAAGGAAAGUAAUUUGGGCUUCUUUAUGUACAUUUGUCUUCCUCUUUUUGCUGCUGUUGGAAAAUCAAUUGCUGGAUUUGAACCGGAUGUUGAUAAUUUACUCGCCGCAAUUGCUCACUUCAGAGAACAACUUGAGAAUCAAGCAUCAAACGAAACUAAAGAAGAAACAAAGGAUUCUAAUGAAACUAAAGAAGAAACAAAGAAUUCUAAUGAAACUAAAGAAGAAACAAAGGAUUCUAAUGAAACUAAAGAAGAAACAAAGGAUUCUGAUGAAACUAAAGAAGAAACAAAGAAUUCUAAUGAAACUAAAGAAGAAACAAAGAAUUCUAAUGAAACUAAAGAAGAAACAAAGGAUUCUAAUGAAACUAAAGAAGAAACAAAGGAUUCUGAUGAAACUAAAGAAGAAACAAAGAAUUCUGGCGAAAACAAAGAAGAAACAAAGAAUUCUAAUGAAGAAAUCCAAAGUUCGAAUGAAUCUAACAUGGAUUCAAAAGAAAUUGAUAAUGAAUCUAAGGAAGAAUCAAAGGAUAAUGAUGAAAUUAAAGAAAAUGAAACUGAUUCAAACCAAAAUUCAAACGAAUUAAAAGAAAUUUCUAUUGAGAAUAUUAAGAAUGAGAAAAACCAAAAUGUAUCUGAAAUACAUUCUUCAGAGAAUCAAAAUUCACAAGAAGAUAAAGAAGAACCAAUAAAUUCCAAUAAGAAUUCUCAAGAAAAGCUAGAAGAUAACGAAACAUUAGACAAUAACAGUGUCCAUAUUAAAGAUAAUGAUGAUUCUAAUAAAGAAAGCAACGAGAAUCAAGAUAAAGAUGAACAAAAUGAAGAGAUUAAAUCAGAUGAAGAUAUCUGA